CGGAUUCGCAGCGCGUGAAAGCUCCCUCGUUUUAAGUUAGUAGGAGAAACACGUCUCGGACAGCAAUAUAAACCCGCAACUCUAAAGCUUUUUCUCGGAUUUAUCGCUCCAACGGUCAAUGGCGGCCCCGACAUCUCUCCCCGGCUUGAUCCUCGCUAUUGUCACAGCUGCUUGCCUCGUCCACUACUCAGGAGCUGCCGGAGGAGAAGCCCAUCCGGACAAGUACCUGGGAAUCAACUAUGGAAGGCUGGGCAGCAAUCUCCCCUCGGUCGAUCAAGCCGUGUCCCUCAUCGCCCACUCCACCACCAUCCGCAAGGUAAAGAUCUUCGACGCCGACCCCAGCGUCCUCCGCGCGCUCGCCAACACGAGCAUCGAAGUAACCAUCACAUUCCCGGACGACCUCAUCUACCGCACGGGCCGCCGCGCGCUCAACGCGUACCGCUGGAUCCGCUCGAACGUACUGCCCUUCGUCCGCAGCGGCACGCGCGUCGCCUCCAUUUGCGUCGGCAAUGAGGUGCUCAUCAACGUCGCCGCCAGCGGUAAGCGCGUUCCCAGCCAGCUGGUGCCCGCGCUGUACAACCUCCAGUCCGCGCUGCAGCGCUACGACCUCCACGGUAUACAGCUCAGCACGCCGCACGCUCUCAACGUGCUCAACCCCUCCUUCCCGCCCAGCCGCGGCACCUUCCGCAAGGAUCUCCUCCCAUACCUCCGCCCACUCCUCCAGUUUCUCAACGCCACCGGCGCGCCAUUCAUGGUAAACCCCUACCCUUACUUCGCGUACCGCGCGGACCCCCGCGGCUCACCGCUCGACUACGCGGCCUUCAAGCUCCGCCGCGGCGCCGGCGUUCGCGACAACCGGACAGGCCUCCUCUACACGAAUCUCCUGGAUGCGCAGGUAGAUACUGUGUACGCCGCAAUGGACGCCAUCGGCUUCCCCAACGUCCGCGUCGUGGUGACCGAGACGGGCUGGCCGUCGGGCCCGGAGUCCGAGACCGGCGCGUCACCCGCCAACGCCGCAGCAUACAACGGCGGCGUCGUGCGGCACGUACGGUCAAUGUCCGGCACGCCGCUGCGGCCCAAGGUCCCCCUCGAGGCCUACAUAUUCGCGCUGUUCGACGAGAACACCAAGACCGGCCCAGAGUCCGAGCACCACUACGGCAUCUACCGCGCGGACAUGUCGGUGUCGUACAGCAUCGGUGUCCAGACCACCCCCGCGACGCCGUCGCCAAGCUCGGGCUCCUGGUGCGUCGCCAAGGCCGACACCGGCGUACCGCAGCUGCAAGCCGCGCUGGACUGGGCUUGCGGCCCGGGCAAGGCCGACUGCUCGGCCAUACAGCCCGGAAAAGCCUGCUACGUCCCGAACACAGUGCUGGCUCACUCGUCUUACGCGUUCAACAAUUACUACCAGCUGAAUGGACGGCAAGCGAGCGACUGCGUCUUUGGCGGCACCGCCAUAGUGACCAAUACCAAUCCAAGCUAUCAGGGUUGUGCAUAUCCGUCCUGAAAUUUGGAGUAAGCUCUACGCUGGAGCCUGAUGAGAAAGAGAGGAAACGGCAGAGUAUUAUAUUUACAUUUUUUCCGUAAAAGAGCAUUCAAGACUCACCGAUUCAUACAGUACGUAACUGUUGCAAACACAUUUUCCACUGAGAUGUUGCUCGUUCGGCGAUGGUUCCAAUCAGAAGACGUCCUCGUCAUUUAAAUAGGACGUCCUGUAGGUUUCUCUAAGCCGGGUGUCGCGAUAUUGCGUUUCCAGCUCAAACUUCUGCAAAAGUUUACGUCACGGGCUUGAAAGAAAGAAAGAAAGAAUAACAAACCUGUAUUUCACCA